UUUAAAACAGCUGUCAAAUAUUACAAGAAAAAAGUCAUGCAGCUGUCAAAACGAAACCAAAAUAAAGAUUACAAUUAUUGUGAAUCAUUAUUGCGUUAAAAAUGGCCUAAUACAUUUUAUUAUUUCGUCAUGUUUUCAUUUUAAAUUCAUUUUUUAAUUAUAAAUCUGUGAAAAUGAUGAAAAAAAUGAGUGGUUCGUUUCGAAACACGCAAUGGGAUCCAGCAUUAAUUAUUUCCCAAAUAAUCGCGGUUCAAUGUAUUGUUUAUCUAAGUUUAGGCAUUAUUAUGGCUGUUUUAGAUUUAUUAACAGGAGACAGUAAUUCUUUGGAACACUUAUUUGAGUAUCACGAAAUACAUAUUCGAGAUGUUGGAGGUCGAAUGGUUAUUAUAGCGUUUAUAUUAAAUUCAUUAAUUGGGUCAUUAGUUCUUUGGUUUAUCGUCCAAAGAACCAAACAAUGUCUCGACUUCAGUUGUACAUGGCAUUUGUUACAUUUACUGAUAUGUUGGAGUUAUAAUGGAAGUUUUCCAAGUUCAUUAUCAUGGUGGCUUUUGAAUAUUGCAUGUGUAACAUUAAUGUGUGUAUGUGGCGAAUUUUUAUGUUUACGAACUGAAUUACGUGAGAUACCUUUAUCAUUAGGACCAAAGGUCGAUUUGUAAUUUUAUCGUCAAUUGUAUUUCAGUUACAA